AUGGAUCUGACUCCUGUACCAAUCCCGCUACUCGGUGCGACGUUCGGGGUAAUUCUCAUCGGAGCCAUCCUUUCUGCCGUUCUAUUCGGUAUAUUAAAUCUCCAGUCCAUCUGGUAUUUCAAGCAAUACCCAAAUGACUGGUGGCUCUAUCGACUCGUUGUGGCAGUCAUUUGUGUCCUGGAUACACUAGAUGCCGCGGUUAGCACUCAUGCGUUGUAUUUCCUUCUCAUCGAGACUCGGAUAGUGGGCAAGUUCCUAGCUUUGGAUCAACUUAAUAUCAUUUGGAGCUGCAAGUUGCAUGUUCUUCUUGGAACUUUGAUCAAAGUAGCGGUCCAAGCUAUAUAUGCUGUACGACUGUGGAAAGGUCACUUAUUAGCUCUUUGCAUUGGCUCUUUGCUAACACCUGCUGAUGGCCAGUCCGACAACACUUUCAUCUCAGUCGAGUCGUACCCUGGUUUCUUUCCCUCAUCAUGGCUUGUAAUGUCGGCACUGGAACAUCACACUUCCAACAGCUACAGUAUUUCCACCUUCUCCGACAUUCCUACCAUCAAAAGUGAAAUCAUCGCGAUGUUCUCGACAAACACCGGAGCUACUUUCAUCCUAUCCAUCGCUAUGUGUUAUUAUCUGAAUAGAAGCCGGGCCAGUUCUAUGUUUCCCAGUACUAUUGCGACGUUGGUUGCGCUGAUGCGGCUGAUCCUGAUAUCCGGGUUGGUUACGAGCAUGUGCUCUACAGCCACUCUUAUAACAUUUCUCAUGUGGCCAAAUACGCUCAUAUUCAUUGCGAUCGAUCUCAUGCAGCCGAGACUAUUUAUCAACUCCUUGUUAGCGAUGCUCAAUGCACGAAAGGAGCUCCGAAAGAUUCCGAGUUCCCAACUCCUGGAACCGAAAGGUGAAUCUCAGCCGGGAUCUACAUCUGAAUGUGAGCGCAGCAGCAGGGGAGCAGAGACGCCCAUCGUUAUAUCCAUGAGGAUCGAGUCGGAAUCGGUUUAA